ACUGUGGCCCUCUGCGCCGUAGGAGUUUUCACAUCUUACUCCUCUCCACAUCUGGGUCGUCCCACCUCUCUCCCCGCUGCUGCAGCCGGAGCUCGCUUAACCUGCACGGCUGGGAUGGAGAGCCCGAGCCUGGGGGACGGCGGAGCGGCCCCCGCGGUCAGCUCCCGAGAGCUCCUGCUCGCAGGCCGGCCGAGUGACCUCUGCAAGGAAGAUGUCGCUGUUGGAUUGGAAAGAGCGGGAGAAGAUGAGAAACAAAUGUUGAGAAGCAGUGAGUGUGAUUCCCUGCUACAAGGACCUGUUGCUUCAGCUGAGUUUGGUGGCAGUGCAGUGACAGAAUGCUGUAAGUCUGUCCCACAUGGAUGGGAAAGAGUUGUGAAGCAGAGGCUAUCUGGGAAAACAGCGGGAAGAUUUGAUGUCUCCUUUAUCAGCCCACAAGGACUGAAGUUCAGAUCCAAAAGUUCACUUGCUAAUUAUCUUCACAAAAAUGGAGAGACUUCUCUUAAGCUAGAAGAUUUUGAUUUUACUGUACUUUCUAAAAGCGGCAUCAAGUCAACAUGUAAAGACUGCAGCAUGGCAACUCUGACAUGUCAACUACAAAACGAAAGUAGCAAUUCAAGCUGGAACCUCAGGACACGAAGCAGAUGGAAAAAAGAUGCAUUUCCUCUGCCAAGUAGUGAUGUGCAGUUGCAAGAUAGCAGAGGACUGUCUAACUUUAGUUCUGUUCAUUUGCUUUUGAAAGAAGAUGAAAGUGUUAAUGAUGUUAACUCCCGAAAGUUUAGAAAGUCCAAAGGAAAAGUGACUGUUUUCAAAGGAACUCAAAUUAAGAAAUCUAAAAAAGGACGUGGGAAGAGUCUUUCAGAUUCUGUUCAAAGUAAUAGAAAAAGAGAACCUGUGUAUAGUAAGGCAGAUGCUGAAAGCGAGCCUCUUGCACAAGAAAAUCAGCUUGAUAGAACUUUCUGCAUUUCUGAUGCCAGAACAAGAGACAAGACUCUCAACGUGACUAAUGAAGAAAAGGGCCUUGUAAAAGAAAAAUCAUUGAGUUCAGGAUCAAAUUUUCAUUUUGAACAAACAAUUUCUGGCAUCAUAAACAAAUUUUGUUCAACCAAAGAAGCAGAACGCAACAAGAAGUAUGAGGAUACCAUUUUAGAAUCAAAGGAAAUCAGACCAAAAAUAGAAGUUGAGGAAAGGAAGGAACAUUUACAUAUUGACAUUUUAAAAUGUGGCUCUGAAAUGGACAGCUGCUCACAAACCAGCAAAGACUUUACUUCUGAGAAAGGAUUUCAAGAAGAAAGCAUCCCACGAACACAAAUAGAAAAAAGAAAAACAAGCUUGUAUUUUUCCAGCAAAUAUAACAAAGAAGCUCUUAGUCCCCCACGACGCAAAGCCUUUAAGAAAUGGACACCUCCUCGGUCACCUUUUAAUCUCAUCCAAGAAACACUUUUUCAUGAUCCAUGGAAGCUCCUCAUUGCGACUAUAUUUCUCAAUCGGACCUCAGGCAAAAUGGCAAUACCUGUGCUUUGGAAGUUUUUGGAGAAGUACCCUUCAGCCGAGGUGGCGAGAACCGCAGACUGGAGAGAUGUGUCAGAACUUCUUAAGCCACUUGGUCUCUAUGAUCUUCGAGCAAAGACCAUUAUCAGGUUCUCAGAUGAGUAUCUGACAAAGCAGUGGAAGUAUCCGAUUGAGCUCCAUGGGAUUGGUAAAUAUGGUAAUGACUCCUACCGAAUAUUUUGCAUCAAUGAGUGGAAGCAGGUGCACCCUGAAGACCACAAGCUGAAUAAAUAUCAUGACUGGCUUUGGGAAAAUCAUGAAAAAUUAAGUCUGUCUUAAAAUUCUUUAAGGUUUUCAAACUCGCCUUUAUGCAUUGUCUUACACUUCAAUUCCUAGAGCUGUGUGAAACACAGUCAACGUCUUUCCAUACAUAUAGAUUUUAAUUAGCCCAACUAGAAGCCCAGUGUGUAUUUUCUUAAUGUAUG